AAACAAGUCAUUUGACAUACGCAGGAUUCAACAAAACUAAUAUAGAUGAACCUUGAAAAGUUGUUAUACAGUUUCAUUCUAUCUUUUAAUUGUGUUGUAAUUUGUUGAUUCAUUAAUUCUUUGCGUUUAUAACAUGUAGACAAAUGAAUUACAACGACCAACGGAGUAGUUACAAAUGGCAGAUAGCAAACUGAUAUAUGCCGCCAUAGACCUCGGUACCUCCUUCUCCGGUUGGGCGUAUUCAACGAAAACGGACCCUGAAAAAAUAUACGUGAGAAAAUGGUACCCCCACUAUUCCUCAAUUGCCACUCAAAAGACACCAACUUGUGCUCUUAUACGUCCAGACGGAUCAUCAUUGGAAUGUUUCGGCUAUGAUGCGCAAAGAAAAUUUGAAGAGCUUGCCAACGACAAAUGUCAUGAAAAUUAUUACUAUUUCAACGAUUUCAAAACUAAAUUAUAUGCGAAAUACAAUCAGCCGUUAGAAACUGGUAUGAGACUUGUUGAUCAGUUAGGUCGACCUCUUCCUGCUAUAAACGUAUUUUCUGCAAGCAUCAAGUAUUUAGCAGACGAUAUGUUCACAGAGUUACAGAAAAGUUUACUAGAAAUAAAACGAGAAAAUAUCCAAUGGAUUCUGACAGUUCCUGCAAUUUGGACAGACAAGGCAAAAUUUUUGAUGAGAGAAGCUGCGAUCAAAGCUGGUAUAACAACCGAUAGUUUGAUAAUGGCACUGGAGCCAGAGGCAGCAUCUGUAUGUUGUCUACGUUUUGAUGUACGUGCUGUUAAUGCAGAGUCUGAUGUUACAUUGUCAUCUCUGGAAGUUGGUAGCAAAUAUUUGGUCGUAGAUGCAGGAGGAGGAACGAUAGACCUUACGACUCAUGAAGUUGCUUCUUCAAAAUCCAUAAGACAAAUUGUAGCUUCAGGUGGCAAUGCCAGAGGCGGAAACACGAUCAACAGAGAAUUUGAAACGUUUUUGGCCGAGGCUAUAUCUAGCGACAAAUACGAUAUGUUCAAACAAAAACACACCGAAGACUGGUUAUACUUCAUGGCUGACUUUGAAGGGAAAAAGAAGUAUUUCGAUCCUGAAAAGCAAACGAAACUUACCGUGAAGUUUCCAGCUGCCCUGAGGGAGGUGUAUAUCUCAAAAAAAAAGAAAUCACUGCUAACCAAAUUAAAUAUAAGUACUUCUAAGAAAAAAAGUUUUGAGGAAGCUAUUUCGGAAACUGGAUUUGGAAAAGAUGUAAGCGUUAAAGGAGACAAACUUAUCUUUUCGUCGGAUAUGUUCUCCAGAUUUUUCUCCACAGCAAUAGAAGGUACAAUUAAGGAAAUGAAAAAGCAGUUUAGAAAACUGAGUGAAAGCGAGGUUUCCUGCAUUUUUAUGGUUGGUGGAUUUUCAGAAUGUAUAUUAUUGCAACAAAGUGUUAAAUCUGCGUUUCCAGAUCUUCCCAUACUCAUUCCCAAAGACGCAUCUGUAGCGGUGCUGAAAGGUGCUGUACUUUACGGACACAAUCCACCUGUCGUUUCAGAGAGAGUGGUAAAGUACACGUAUGGCGUCAAAGCUUCUGAACCGUUCAAUAAAGAUCACCCAUUUGAAAAGGCUACCUUCACCGACAGUGGAUUGAUGUGUGUCGACAUAUUCCAUAAACAUGUAACCAGAGAUCAGCUUGUGAAAACUGAUGAACCUCAGAAAACAAUAACAUAUUAUCCAGUUGAUAAAAGACAAACAUGUGUACGUUUCGACAUAUGUGCAUCCAAGCUACUCGAACCGAGAUAUACUACCGACAAAGAUUGUCGAAUCAUUGGAACUGUUAAAGUACAGCUUUCGCAGACUAAUGACGCACGUAGGAAUGCCAUUCUGGUAUUUUUUGCGUUUGGAGGAACGGAAAUAGAUGUAACAGCGAUAGAAGAAAAGACUGGGAAACAAGUGAAAACAAAUGUCAGUUUUCUUGAAUAAGAUAGAUUAUAAAGACAAUCAUACCUCCUCGUAAGGACAGAUAAGAAGAUAGAAGAAAUAUGUCAACAAGUUUCUAACGGGAUGUCAAAGCGCAGAACUCGAAUUAGCAAAUUACAACAGAUUCGGGUCGACCGAGACCGUUAUGGAGACAAUGAAAUAUGCAACACCCAUUAUGCGCCUAGCAUCUAUGGUAAAUUGACAAUCGUUGUAAACAAAACUGUUUAGACAUUUUCAUUUCAAAUUACUGUUGUAUAUAUUAAUGGCAGAAUUGGUAUACGUAUAAAUUUCAUGUUUAGGUAUACUUUCUUUAAAACAGAAUAGUAUGACUUUAAGUUUACAUAAUGGUGUUUGAACGUACUUUACUUAGCACUGGAAUGUGUUUUCUUCUGACUCUUGGUAAUUGUAUGAGGUAACCGUACUAAAAUAUUUGUAGAUCAUGUAAUAUAUUUGAAUAUGACAGAAAAUGGGUACUCAAAUGGCAAAAAAAAAUGAAAAUAAAAAGUAAGAAAAGUAUAUCUGUUACCAGGGAAACUUUGAUGUUUUAAUACCAUCUGUCAUCUUAACCUAUAUUUUAGGUAAACUAAGAUUCAUUACGCUAGCUAUACACACAAUCAAAUAAAAAAAUGAUGCAACUUAAUACGGAAGGAUACUCACUGAAUAUCCUGUAAUAUUUUCAUUGGUGUAUAGAUUCAUUCAACCAAGUUUGCUAUAAGUUUUACUUGGUUGCGUUCUUUGCUUCAAAAUGAUCUUCAUAUACAGUGUGGGCUGGAUUUCAUUUUUGUUUAUUUUAGAUUUAUUGUUAAAUCUUAGAACAGCUUAGUCCAACUAAUUGUACGCGCGUCGCGAUAUAUUUUGAUAAUUUUUGCACAGGUCAAUAUCUCUCCGGUAAAUGUCAGUCUGUGAAAUCGGUCUGCCUUGCAGUCAAAAAUUGAAACUAAGAACAGAUGGGCAUAAGCUGCUGAGAGUAAAACGACAAAACAAGCAUGCAUCAAUCUGACAUCACACAUUCCAUGCCAUGGGUUCAGAGAUCUUUAUCAAAGUUUUUCUUUGUAUUGGUCUUUGUACAUGUCUGAGUGCAUAGCUUUACAAUGUUAUUUUUGAUACUAAUAUAUUAUAGAUAUGUUUACACCAGAAUGGGAUACUAUCUUUAGACUUCUUCUAUGUUAUAUUAUUAUCAAAUAAUUAUUUUGUUAUAUAUGUAAACACAACCAAAGAUUUUCAGCGUUAACUUUGAGAUACUCAUAUGUUCAAAUAUUACUUUAGGAUUUUGACUCUACAAGUAUUUAAUUCAAAUCAUUUUGAAAAUUUCGCAAAAAAAAAAACAGAAUUAUAUUGCAAUAAUUCAUUGACCAGUGUUAUCUCAAGUUUUUUUUGUUUGUUUUUUUUUUUUUGCAUUAUUUGUUGUUUGUAUGGGAUUUAAACGUUUUUGUGAAGAUAUCUUAACAUCGGAUCAAAGGUUACUGCCCUAGAGAUAUUUUAAUGUAGUCAGCUGAUUUGUGUUAUGUUGUAGACUAGCCAAUAGACUAGCCAAUAGACUGAUAACAAAGAAUUUGUCAAACAUUU